GAAUCAGAAAAUGCGUUCGAUCGCGUUCAGUGAGACGGGAAGUUUGGCGGGUACACUACUUGCGCGGGAGAUUUCACUUCACAUACAUAGUAUGAUUUAAUUAAAACAAAUAAAUCAAAACAAUUGAAGGAAACAUCGACAUUUUCAAAUACGAAGUCUAAACAAUAGUUUCAAACUAACAACGAUCAGAGGGCAAUAACACGAGUGCAAAUAGCACGAGUCUGAGAAUACAGGUAAAUAAGUUCUCCGUGCAAAUACUAUAACUUGAAAAGUUGAGAGGCGACGGAGCAGACACAUGGCUAUCGGGUUAUGUACAUAUACCAAUAAAAAAAGAUUACAGAAAAGUUUCAAAUUUUUCGGAUGAAUACUUGAAGAAUCGAGGCGAAGACGAUUAAAAUCUGAGAUAGUCUACGACAGGGUACAUACUACCGACAGAUGAAACUGGAUAUGCAGAUAGUAAAUAAUCGGCAACGCGUAUGGAUGGCGUUAUUGAGCUGUAAAUUUUUACCGACAAUUUACUAAAGUUACACGCAUAUUUCCCCCUCUGCUAAAUAUUUAUAAAGUGUAGCAAUAAUGGUAAAAGUUAACAAACGACUAUUGCCAAUAAAGGCGCAUUUCUUCUUCUUUAUGGCGGCGAUGGGACCUAUUCUACCACAGCUAUCGGUUUAUGGAAAACAGUUGGGCAUUACACCGGAUAUUAUGGGUUAUAUUACUUCAGUCCUACCUAUAAUGUAUGUCAUAGCGAAACCGAUUGUGGGCUAUAUUGCUGACUAUUUUUCGCACUUCCGUAAAUUUAUUUUCGCUGUGCUAAUCUUCUUGAUGACGCUUUCUUAUGCCACCUUCUAUUUUGUACCAACAUCAAAUUCGCAUGCAAUCGCUUUGGAUGUAACAGAUAUUUGGAAUGUCAGUUUAGUAGCUUCAAAUCUAACCGACUGUGAUCCAGAGGUAUUGACGUCUUUUGCGCUGUGUUCCGCAUCUCGCACAGCCCGCUGUUCAUUUGAAUCGGCCAACAGUACCGAAUUUGGUGCGCAUUUUACGGCUACUUCAACGAAGUUUGCUCGCCAGCUAAAUUUGUCCAGCAAUGUGAUAGCACCAGUCGAUUCUCAUAUGUGCCUUGCUUCAUCUACUAACAACAAAGCAGCAAGCAUCAAACCCAAUUCCAACAUUUUGUGCCAUUUCGACCAGAGUUUACAAACGGACUGCAUUUAUUCAACCCCCACCUUUUGGCUGUUUGUUACCUUUAUGUGCUUAGGAACGAUUGGUUUUAAUGUAGUCAAUUCGAUUUCGGAUGCCAUAUGCUUUGAUAUGCUUGGCGAGUCGGAAGAGGGCAAGUAUGGAGCUCAACGAGUUUGGGGCACCAUAGGUUUUGGUGCCUCUGCCCUGUUAGCUGGGAUUGCCGUAAAUCUUUGGACCACAGAGGCGUUUAAGAGUUUCACUCCUGCAUUGGUCGUCAUGCUCAUCUUCAGUGGCUUCGAUUUGAUAAGCGUUUCCAAGCUAAAAUUGCCAAAGCUAUCUUCGUCGGAGUCUAUUUUUAAGGACGUUUGGAACUUGAUCAGCCAUCCCGCUAUUGCUAUAUUUUUGGUGUUUGCUACAAUUGCCGGUAUAAUUGAUUCAUUCAUCAUAUACUUUAUGUUCUGGCAUCUCGAAGAGGUAGCCGCUGAAACGGGCUAUAUGUCUCAGAUUAAACUUAUCGAAGGCUGCGUUGUUGCUGCCGAAUGUCUCGCCGGAGAAGUGCCUUUCUUUUUCUACAGUGGCAAAAUAAUCAAAAAGCUGGGCUAUAUACAUUGUAUGACCAUGUGCUUCUUCUUCUAUGCAAUGCGUCUUGCACUCAUUUCUUGGAUACCAAAUCCCUGGUACUUAGUGGGUGUAGAAUUGUUCUUCCAAGGCAGUACCUACGCGCUGUGUUACACUUGCAUUGUGGCCUAUGCAUCGGCUGUGGCGCCACUUGGCACAUCGGCUACAGUACAGGGCCUAAUGGCUGGCAUGGAUGAUGGUCUUGGCUUCUCUAUCGGGUCACUAGUAGGUGGCUUAGUUUUCAAACGCUACGGAGGUCGACAGAGCUUUUUCUACUUCGCGAUAGUUGCGUUUACGGCGUGUGUGCUUCACAUGUUGGUACGGCCGCGAUCGCGUAAAAAGCAAUACUUGCCAAAGAGUGGUUAUCAAGUACCUACAGAGCAGGUGACUAUCGACCCGUUGACUGUGGGUGAGCCAAAUAAGGCGUGAUUAAGACUGGAAAUGUGAACUGUUUUUGCAAUGAUUACUGUUUGAAAUUUUAAAACUUAUUUUUAAAACUAAUAUUUUGUUAUUUUUGAUACAUAUACAUACAUAUGUACAUAUAUAUA